UGUUCAAAUUUAAUGACAAAAAAGAUAAAUGUUAUUAGUAGUGGAAUAGGAAAUGUACAUGUUGUAGCAGCUGAUGAAAUUAAUGUUACACUAAGUGGUAUUGGAACUGUAUUUUAUAGUGGACCAUUGAAACAGCAAAUUAAAACUGGUCUAGGAAAUAUUGUCGAAGUAAAAAAUACAAAUAUUGAACAAAUUGGUCUAAGCUAA